UGCCUUAUUAACUUCCGGGAACAACAACGUGAGACGAGAAUGUCCACAUGUCUUCGAUAUAUGACUUUAUUCUCACAGUACGGUUGUAUUUAACGCCACACAACCGUGUAGUAGGUGUCGGCGGUGUUGUGUAGAGACUUCACGGGCGAGGUCGGCCUCUUUCUGUGAGGAGUCAAGUUAAGCUAGCCACAGUGUUAGCACAUAUCACCACUCAAUAUUCAAACAAACCAGGGUCAGUAGUAUUCCUCAGCUCCAGUCUAGUUUCACUCUUUGCGCUCACUGUGUAGUUUACAAUGUUCACGUUUUAAAACCGCUGCAUUUACAGUGCUGUGCCAACGCUAGCUCACAGUUACAGCCACACUUCACCUGCUACACCAUUAGCAGAGACAAACCACUCUUUUAAAGCAGGUCCCGUUAGCGAUCAUUCGCACGUUUAGUGUCGUCAUUAGUUGAAAGUGUUCGCCAUGGGACACACCAGCCUGGAUAAGAUCAUUGAACUGCAGAGAAACCCCUCAAACAUAAGAAACCUGUGCAUCCUGGCACACGUUGACCAUGGCAAAACUACUUUGGCUGACUGCUUAGUGGCAAGUAAUGGUAUCAUAUCCAGUCGACUGGCUGGGAAGCUGAGGUACCUUGACAGCAGAGAGGAUGAACAGAUCAGAGGGAUCACCAUGAAGUCCAGUGCCAUCUCUCUGCACUACAGAAAUGGAGAUCAGGAGUACUUACUCAAUCUGAUAGACUCUCCUGGUCAUGUCGACUUCUCCUCUGAGGUUUCCACUGCAGUCAGGUUGUGUGACGGUGCCAUUGUAGUUGUUGAUGCUGUGGAGGGAGUGUGUCCACAGACCCAGGCUGUGUUGCGUCAGGCGUGGCUGGAGAACAUCAGGCCUGUUCUGGUCAUCAAUAAGAUAGACCGACUCAUAACAGAGCUGAAACUCACGUCUCAGGAAGCUUAUACCCACCUGCAGAAAAUCCUGGAACAGGUGAACGCAGUGACAGGAACUUUGUUCACAUCCAAAGUGCUGGAGGAGCGAGCAGAGAAGGAGAAGGAGGAGGAGAAAGAGGGCGAGACGUUGACUGGUGAUCAGGUUUAUGACUGGAGUGCUGGGCUGGAGGAGGCAGACGACUCCCACCUCUACUUCUCUCCUGACCAAGGGAAUGUAGUCUUUGCCAGCGCCAUAGAUGGAUGGGGCUUCAGCAUCCAGCAGUUUGCCCACAUCUACAGCCAGAGGAUGGGUAUUAAAGCAGAGGUGCUGCUCAGAACCCUGUGGGGAGAUUUCUACCUCAAUGCAAAGGCAAAGAAGAUCAUGAAAGGAGCUCAGGCCAAAGGAAAGAAGCCACUGUUUGUGCAGCUUGUGCUGGAUAACAUUUGGAGUUUAUAUGAUGCAGUUGUCACAAGGAGGGACAAGGAGAAGGUGGAGAAGGUAGUGACAUCACUUGGUGUGAAGGUGAUGGCCAGGGACUCUCGUCACUCCGACCCCAAAGUCCUCCUGACUGCCAUCUGUAGCCAGUGGCUACCUGUAUCCCAAGCUGUCCUCUUGAUGGUGUGCGAGAAGCUUCCCAGUCCUUUAGACAUGGCAGCAGAGCGCGUGGAGAAACUGAUGAGUGUUGGAGUGCGACGAUUUGACUCAUUGCCCGAACAGACUCAGGAGCUGAACAAAGCGUUCCUCCAGUGUUCCAGCGAGGAAAAUGCUCCAGUUAUCGUCUUUGUGUCCAAGAUGUUUGCUGUGGACACCAAGGCCUUGCCUCACAACAGACAGAGGCCUUUGACCCAGGAAGAGAUUGCCCAGCGCAGAGAGCUUGCUAGACAGAGACAUGCUGACAGAAUGGCAGCUGAUCAGACAGCAGCAGAGAGCCACAAAGACCUCACUCACUCAGGGAGUAUGCUACAGGAAGGCCAACCUGCAGGACUCAGCAUAGCUAAAAUGGAGAGUCUUACAUUGAAAGAAGAGGAACAGAGGGAGACCUUCAUAGCAUUUGCCCGUGUCUACAGUGGGGUGGUCAAGAAAGGACAGAGAGUAUUUGUGCUGGGACCAAAGUAUGACCCCACCCAGGGCCUGCGCAUGCUGUCGGAGGGUUGCAGUGCCUCAGAUUGUGUGCCCGAGGUGCCUCAUCUCUCCUGUUGUUCCAUGGAAAGCAUUUACCUGUUGAUGGGCAGAGAGCUAGAGGAGCUGGAGGAGGUGCCUGCAGGAAAUGUCCUGGGUAUUGGAGGUCUGGAGGAGUGCGUCUUGAAGUCAGCCACUCUGUCAACCUCCCCCGCCUGCCCACCCUUCACCCCGCUCAACUUUGAGGCCACGCCCAUAGUACGUGUUGCAAUAGAACCCAAACAUCCAAGUGAGAUGCCAAAGUUGGUGCGUGGGAUGCGUUUGUUGAACCAGGCAGAUCCCUGUGCUGAGGUACUGAUCCAGGAAACGGGAGAACAUGUUUUGGUCACUGCUGGUGAGGUACAUCUACAACGCUGCCUGGACGACCUCCGAGAGCGGUUUGCUAAAAUUGAAAUCAGUGCAUCAAAGCCCAUUAUUCCAUUCAGAGAAACCGUGGUACGUCCUCCAAAAGUGGAUAUGGUGAAUGAAGAGCUGGGCAGGCAGCAGAAAGUAGCAAUCAUUCACCAGGUAAAAGAAGAGGCCUUGCAAGGUCGUUCAUCAGACACCCUACAUGUGGACCCCAGUGGUCUGGUGACCCUCACCACACCCAACAGAAUGGCCACCAUCAGCGUCCGGGCAAUCCCUCUGCCUCAGGAGGUGACCUGUCUGUUGGAGAGUAGCUCAGAGUUGAUUCGGACUCUAGAGCAGGUAAACAUGUCCCUGAGGGAAGGGAAGAACCUGGACAUCAGCCUUGGGACUCUGGAGGCCCUCAUCAAAUUCAAGGCCCAGCUGGAAAGCCUACUGCAGGGGAGGAAGUGGAGGACCACUGUGGAGCGUAUCUGGGCUUUUGGUCCCCGCAGGUAUGGUCCCAACAUUCUGCUGAACAGUGUGGAGGGCUACGAGCGGCCCUCAGUGUGGCAAUGUCUGGGCAGGAGUGACAGCGUUGGUGAGGCUCGAGCUCAGGCCACAGUUCGACGAGACUUUGACAACAGCAUCAUCAGCGGCUUCCAGCUAGCAACUCUGUCAGGGCCCAUGUGUGAGGAGCCCCUAAUGGGAGUGUGCUUCUCGAUUGAGAGGUGGGACAUCCAAUCUUCAGUCCCUCCUCAGAAUCGGGACUCCUUGCAGGACUUAAUAUCACACCAAGCUUUAGCAGAAAGCAAACUGGAAAGUGGCAGUGAGACAUCAACACAGGCUGAGGGCACAGCAGCAGUCACAACCUGGGCCACAUUCAGGCCAGAAGCUACGUCUGCAGACUGCUACGGGCCAGUCUCCGGCCAGCUGAUCGCUGCCAUGAAGGAGGCCUGCCGUCAUGCUUUCCAGGCUCAACCCCAGAGACUCAUGGCCGCUAUGUAUACCUGUGAGAUCAUGGCCACCGCUGAGGUGCUAGGCCGAGUGUAUGGUGUUCUGGGGAAGCGAGAGGGUCGUGUUCUCCAUGAAGAGAUGAAGGAAGGGACAGACAUGUUCAGCAUCAAGGCCGUUCUGCCUGUGGCUGAGAGCUUCGGAUUUGCUGACGAGAUCCGCAAGAGGACCAGCGGAUUGGCCAGUCCGCAGUUGGUCUUCAGCCACUGGGAGGUUAUUAGCAGUGAUCCGUACUGGGUUCCCACCACCGAAGAAGAAUACCUGCACUUUGGUGAGAAAGCAGACUCCGCCAACCAGGUCCUGAAAUACAUGAAUGCUGUCCGCCGGCGCAAAGGCCUCUAUGUGGAGGAGAAGAUAGUAGAGCACGCAGAGAAGCAAAGAACACUCAGCAAGAACAAAUAGAGAAGGAAAGAUCAGAAACUCCUCCUGUCAGGCUGUGAGACGCUGCUGGCACCAUGACCAAUCAAAUGGCCCAAUUCAAUGGUGAUUAAUUAUAUAAACUAAUGUGUUGCAAUCUGGAUAUGGACAUUAUAUUUCAUUGCUUUAAAGAAUAACUGUUGUCUGGCAGGAUGCAAUAUAUUGCAGAAGCUGCCUCCUGUUAGAACAUUGGGCUCCAGAGAAGGGAAAUCCUUUGUUAAUUGUUAAUCUUGAUAUUAGUGGAAGCAGCAGAGAGUGUGUGUGUGGUCUACCAAAGAUCACACAUUCAAAGCUCAAGUCAAAUCAAAUAAACAACCAUUUCUUACAGAAAUCUAAAUGAAAUAUACGUCAUUUAUAGUAAAUUCCAGUGGGUGUGGCUAUGCCCCCUGGCUGGGUAUACUCUAUAUCCUUCUAAUAAAUUGAGAAAUCUC